AUGGGAAACUGCCAAAAUUUUGUAAAUAUGAAUGAUUAGCGUAAAAACGAGGUAGUUAAUUAAUAGAUUUCCGUAGAGGCACCAGAACAGAAACAAAACCCAGGAUUUUAAAAGAGACCAAUAGGAGUUCAGGCUCCUUUAUUUAGCGGAACCUGCCUUUUUAAUGGAGGGUUUUAAUAGAAGUCUCUUAAAGACUAUUCAGGAAAAUAUCUUAUAAUUUUAUUUUACAGCUUUGAAGAAGAGCAAACUUAUAAUGAAAUAUUUAGCUUCAGUUAAUUGAAUGAAGAAUUUUAAAGUAGAAAUUGUGAUAUAAUAAUUAUUAUUGACGAGAAAUUAGAGAGAAUAAAAUCAUAGAUUGAAGCAUAUUCUAUAAAAAAAUCAUAAAUUUCUAAUCCAUAGCAAUCACCUUAGAAUGAGACUAUUACACCAGCAUAGAAUGAUAUUCAGCUAAACUUAAGAGUCUUUGGAGAUUCUGAAGGAAAAAUAUUCAAGAACUUUAAGGUGCCUACAACUGACUCAAAUAAAUGUUAUAGAUAUAAAGCUGCAUUUGUUAUUGAUAAGUUGGGCAUUAUUUAAUACUUAAAUAUCUAAAACUCAAAUAUCAAAUGUGAUCCAAAAUUCUUGCUUUAAAUUUUAGUUGAAGUCUCCAGUACACCUCUAAAUAAGUAGCUAUCAUUAUUUGAGAGAAUAGGAGGAGCCAGAGUCAUAGUAGAAGCAGUUGAGAUUUUCUAUAGUCAGUUGUCUAAUAACCCGUUUCUAGAUGAGUUCUUUAAAAAUAUUAACAUCAGAAGCAUGAAAAGUAUCUAGGCUGAAUACCUAAACUACCUCUUUCGCUUACCCUUAAGAAAGCAAACUGAUGUUAAGCUGUAUACAACUUUUAAUGGAAAAAAUAUCAGUGAAUCGCAUAAGAAGAUUAACAUUUAACCAAACAUUUUUGAAAUUUAUAUCUAAACAUUCUGCAACAUCUUUGCAAAACUUGAUGUUGACCAAUUAACUAUUUAAGAAAUUUACUAAAGAUUCUAGUUUAUAAAGCCUAUAUUAUUCCCUAAUUUGAAGUUUUAAAGAUGUACUUAUGAAUUACUAGGGUGUAAUUAAGACCUGAUCAAUUAAUUUAUAGAUAGACUAUACUAAAGAGUAUUCAGUGAUGAACAAUUAGGACCUUUUUUCAAGGGUGUUGAAAUUAAUAAAUUUAAAUCAACUCAAGCAUAAUUUUUUACUCUUGCCUUCGGUGGUAGAUCAUCUUAUGAAUCUCUUAAAUUAAAAGAAUCUCAUGCUCAUCUUAAAUUAACAGAUCAUCAUUUUGAAACAUAUAUAGAUUAUAUUUGCUAAUCAUUAUUAGAUAUGAGUAUAUAAGAAGAUUAAAUUGAAUUAGUUAAAAAGUAGUUUUAGAUGCUGAGAAAUUACUUUGUCACAAAUAAUAUACAGAAUUCUACAUAUAAUAAUCUACUUCAAUCUUCUGUGUAUCACUCUUAACAUAACAGAGAUUCCUUUUAGCAAACUCUUUACUAUCGUCUUGGUGGAAAGCAAAUUGUUGAUUAAAUAUUUGCUGUUCUCUAAAAGAAAAUUCAAGCAGAUCCAAGAAUUAAUUAUAUAUUCAGCUAGCAGCCUAAUUAAAUGGAUUUCUAUGAACAAAUUUAAAUUGCAAUGGGAGGAUAAAUUAAACAAAAAAAUCCUUCUUAGUUUGCUCCUUUAAAUAGUUAAAAUAUGAAUUAAUCUUAAAUUAAAAAUGGGAACGCACUAAUUAAAAUAAAUGAAAUGUAAUUUGGAUAGCUAAAACUGCAUUUGCUACAUUCAACAAGGAGUUUUUAAAUUGAUUUUGAUAAAAUUGUCGAGAUAGGUUAAGUGUAUGAAAGUUUGAGAGGUAUUGUAUUUAAUAUAGUACCUAUAAAAACUAUAUAUGAAUAAUUUGGUGGUGAAAAUAGUGUUCAAGCUUCAGUUAAUAUCUUUUAUGAUAAACUCUAGUACGACCAUAGAUUGAAUAUUCUCUUUAAGACUAUUCCUGUAGCCAAACAAAAAGAACUAUUUUAUAAUUUGAUAUCAGUUUGUGUUGGGAGUCCCAAUUAAUAUGACUCAGCUAGAAUGAAGGCUUCGACUUUUGAACUUCAUAUGAGAGACAUACACUAUGAGGGUCUUGAAUAAAACUUAAUAUCUACUCUUAAAGACAUGAUGCAAUCGGAUAAAGAUAUUUAAAAUGCAGUUCAUGUGUUGCAAACUAUAAAAGGAGAUUUAAUAAUACCAAUUGCUAGCUUAUUUGACGAAGUUGGAGGAGACUAAGUGAUUGAUUAAGCAAUAGAGAGAUUUUACACUAAAUUAAAUAAUGACGAAAAUCUAUAAAAAAUGUUUUAAUUCUUAGAUAGAGACACAUAAACUAGUAAACUUAAGACAUAUGUGAAAUAACUUUUCGGAGGUCCUCAAAAUUAUAAAGGAAGAAAUAUGUAGAAAGCUCAUUACCAUUUAGGUAUAAACGAUAGCUAAUUCGAUAAAUUCAAAGUUAUUCUUAAUUAGUCUUUUGGUGAAGUUGGAGUAAAGAUUGAGUUGCUUCCUAAGAUUUCUUUUAAAUUAGAAACACUAAGAGUCGAUAUAGUUGAUAGCAGAUAAAGUAAAUUUAAUAGGCUCGGAGGAGAAAAAUUUUUAGGUAUAGCAGUGGAUCUAUUUUACCAAAAAGUAAUGAGAGAUGAAAGGAUCAAUCAUUUCUUUGAUAAAAUCGAUAUUAAACGCCAAAAAUAAAUGAUGGCUCAUUUUUUAUCUGUUAUGUUGGGUGCGGAUGAAAAGUAUAAAGGAAAAAAUAUGAGAGAGGCUCACUAGCACUUAGAAUUGAAUAAUCUACACUUUGAUGUCUUCAAAGCAAUCUUAAUGGAUACUUUGAUUGAAUUGGAUGUAGAUUAUUCAUUAAUAGAUUAAAUAGAAAAUGAAAAUAUAGAACCUUUGAGAAAAGAAAUAAUAAUUCAUGUCUAAUCCCCCAAUUAUAAUUAUUUCUGA